UUAGAAUCAAAAACCUAAGAAAUCUUUCAAACCUUCUUCAGAAAAUGUGAUUUUUCAAAACUUAGGGAAAAGGAUUUUAGAUUAUAUUUAAAAUCAUUGGCUGAAAUAGUCGUUUGAGCAAGAAUUCGAUGCAAUAAAUUGAGCACAAAUCCACACAGCUUAAAAUUGCCAACAGUUUCUCAAUGUUUUGCAAUAACCCCGGCCAGCUCUUCAGAUCCAAAAACCCUUUCUAAUCUCACACCAGCGAAGUUUGGAUUAGAUCUAACUUAUCACUAACUUAUGAAGACAUUUAUACCCUCCUUAACAAUCCUCGACUCGCCAUUCUAUUUGCUUUUCACCCCACAGAUUUGUAUCUGCUACAAAAACAGCUUCAGAGCCGCCAUUUUAUAGAUAAGUCAGAUUACAGGAUUAAUUCACAAUGAAGACUGACCUUAAUAUCAGGUGCCGCAGCAAAUAGGAACUGUGAGACCGACGCAAAAUGCAACCCGUUUAAUCUCUAGCGUGAGGAAAAAUUUGCUGAAAAUGACGGACCGAUUCGUCGUUCAGACAGGUGAAAACUGGCGCUCCGAUGCCAAUUUUCUCAGUUCCGGUCAGCGAGAUCAGCCAGAAAAUGUGCCUUCUGGUAACGAAAAUUCAUCGCCGUCGUUUCAUGAAAAUGUGUCCACUUUUACUGAGAACUUACCUGUAAUUAAUAGAAAUUUUUCACAAUUUGACCGCCAAAAUUACUCCCCAAGGACUCAAAAUGGCGUCGGUUUUACUAUAAGCCAACAACAACAACAACAACAACAACCUCUGAGCCAGAAUUAUUUGAAGCAUGAAAGCAACAACAAUUACAGUUAUAAUUUAUUACCAAGUUAUUUUACCAGUUAUAACUCACCCCAGUCUUCAAUUUUUACAUCACCUGAUCGAGAAUUGAACCCCUGCCUACAUUGUAUUUCUUGCGCCCAUAAAAGGAUCAACCCUAUUUUUUAUAUAGACCACCAAUCGCAUUUUACCCCUCACUUAUUAUCAAGUGAGGCGGGACCCCAAUAUUUUAAAGCAUUGGUUCGCCCUCAAAGUUGUUACGCCACACCCCAAAACUAUCCUAAAAGUCCUUCAAUUACCCGGCCACUCUUAGAAAGAAGCCCAGCUAUUACCAGUAACAACCAAGUAAACCACAAAUCACCUUUAAGAUCCCACUCGCUUCCCGCGUCCCCCUAUUGUUCAAGGCCGGAGUUAUUUCUAGCCGAAAUGCCGCCGAAGCGAAAACAGCCGGUCAGCCGAAUCUCUCCCUCGGCCAGAUGGGACCAAAUCUACAAUUCGGCAGUGACUAUUCUGUUUUUCUCGACAGUCAAUGUGGUUUUGUCAGUUGUGGAUUAUCAACUGAUGGCCGCUGGCUCUUCUAUUUGGUUUCCUCUGGCGUAUAUUCUAUCCUCACUAUAUAACAAAUUAGUGGCAAUUUCGGCGAUGUGGGUUUUCAGAAGACGAUACGCUGCCUCUACAUGCUCGAUUCUACUCAUUUUCUACCUUUCCAUCAUCGGAACUCUAACCUGUAUUGGAUUAGUGUUCACUACUACCUAUGCCCUAGCACAACGGAAAGGAACAUUCGACUAUGUAAGAACGGGUGUUACACAAAGACGCUACUACCAGAGUAAAACGGUGAGCUGUGGCAAAAAGUGCACCACGGAUUGGGUUGUCUUAAUGUUCAUCAGCUGUGGAUUCUUCGUCAACGGAGCCAUAAGCAUCUACCUAAACGCCAUUCUGAAGUCACAGUACUGCGAAGCUAGACGAACCGAUGAAAUGAUGAAGAAACACCGUGAAAAAACUAAGAAACGUGAACAAACAUUACCGCCUUUGAAAUUGAACGGGAGUUUGCCAAAUGGAAAACCUAAAAAUGGACACAUACCAAAUGGAACUGUAGUCCAGAAAGCAUUGGAAACGCCAAAAAAAGCAAAACAGUUAUCUCGAAUCAAGUUUAUUUCUUCCACACCCAAAAAGCGUAAAGCUUUAUCAGUAACUACUAACCCUUACAUCGGAUUCCAACUGGGUAAAAUGAUUACCGAAGAAUACAUAGAAGCUCCGUUCAAUCAAUUUGAUGGCCAAAACUCGACUGUUAACCCUAAUUCCGAAACGGCUGAAAAUCCAGACAUGUUUUCUUUGGCCCAAACCAGAUUUGGCGCCAGUUUGCCUACGAUUACGCAAUCGACACUUGUGGAAUUUUCCCCUUUUCGAUUCAGUGGAGAUGAUCAAAACUUCGCUGACGAGGAUCUAAUACGACCAGGCAUUGCGUCAUUUGACGAGUACAGUCUGGCUAUUCCGAGAUUGGGCUCGAAUUCUUCUGAGUCGCUGACAGCCUAUUUCGCCACAGACCAAAAACCAGAAACUGAAAUUGUUUGCCGAAGCGAAGUUCCGUUGGUUGAAAAACCAAACGAAAGCCGAAAAUGCAAAUAUUCCGAACCAGUGAGGCCAGACGCACCAAAUGCGGAAACUUUGAUCGACUUCGAAUCGCCGCCGAGUGUAAUCGGGUCUCCGUUCUCGGCAUUCUCACCCCUAGACCACAACAGCAGCAAACGGAGAGAAAGUGUCGAAAUUUAAAAGAAAAUUAGUUCCUAACUAAUAAAAAGUAAAAGCCAACCUUUCGUCUUGUUUUUUAAUUAAAAAAUGACUUGUU